AUGGAUUUAAGAGUUGGUCGGAAGUUUCGAAUUGGUAGGAAAAUUGGUAGUGGUUCUUUUGGUGAUAUUUACCAUGGUACCAAUCUAAUUAGUGGUGAAGAGGUUGCUAUUAAAUUAGAGAGUAUACGUUCUAGACAUCCUCAAUUGGACUACGAGUCUAGGGUUUAUAAGUAUUUGAGUGGUGGAGUUGGAAUUCCCUUUGUUCGAUGGUUUGGAAGGGAAGGUGAGUACAAUGCCAUGGUGAUGGAUCUGUUGGGUCCUUCUUUGGAAGAUUUGUUUAAUUACUGUCAUCGGAAGUUUUCUUUCAAGACGGUUAUUAUGCUGGCAUUGCAGAUGAUCUGCCGGAUCCAGUAUAUCCAUGGCAGGUCUUUUAUCCAUCGAGAUGUGAAGCCUGAUAAUUUCUUGAUGGGAGUGGGACGUCGAGGUUCUACGGUUCAUGUGAUUGACUUGGGUUUAUCCAAGAAGUACAGAGAUUUCAACACUCACCGUCAUAUUCCAUAUCGAGAAAAUAAGUCAUUGACCGGUACUGCUCGUUACGCCAGUGUCAAUACUCAUUUGGGGAUAGAACAGAGUAGAAGAGACGACUUGGAGUCCCUAGGUUAUGUCCUCAUUUAUUUCUGUAAAGGAUCAUUACCAUGGCAAGGUUUGAAAGCUACCACUAAGAAACAAAAAUAUGAUAGAAUCUUAGAGAAAAAAUUAUGCAUCACUGUAGAUUCUUUAUGUGCUGGGUUACCUAAAGAAUUUUCAGAAUUUAUCUUGUAUUGCAAAAACCUAAAGUUCGAUGAAAGACCGGAUUAUCUAUAUGUUGCAAAGUUGUUCAAAGACCUCUCCAUUAGGCUAGACUACCACAAUGACCAUCUAUUCGAUUGGACCAUGCUACGUUACACUAAGGCAAUGGUUGAAAAGCAGAAAGAUCUAUUAGAAAAUAGUAAUAGUAGUGAUAGCAAUAAUAACAGUAAUCACCAAGAUGAUAAGAAAAACCCAGAAUCUUUCAAUAAGAUCAAGUUAUUGACAAUGAGAAAAUUCGCUAAUCAUUUCCAUUAUUGCAAUAAUAACGAUUCUCAUUUCCCAACGGUAGAGGAAAUUAAAUUACAAUCAAUUUCAAAUAACAAUGCAGCCUCAUCACUGCCUUCUGAACUUUUAGCUGCUAUUGAUAAAAGUAUGGAAAACUUGAGAAAAGAAUCAACUACAAAUGAUCGUUAUUCUCAUAAUUUACAACAGCAAUUGCCAAUUAUCCCUAGUCCCACUACUGCCGUUACCGCUGCCGUUGCUCAUAAUAUGUAUACUACAGGUAAAGAUGUUCCAAAUGAACUUCAAAAUAUUCAACCUGCAAACAACAACAACAACAACAAUAAUCUUGGUGAUAAUAUCUGGCUAUGA